AUGUUGCAAGGAGUCCAAGAAAAACCAGUCCAACCAACCAACCAACCAACCAACCAACCAACAGCGAAACCUACGCCAACUCCUCACACACACCCCAAACCGUCUUCCACUGGACCAAAGUCUUCUACCCCACAGUCAGCAACCAACCCUCCUACCAAGUCUUCAGCUCGGGCAAAACUUUCCGCAUCUGAACAGGCCCCCACCACUGAGGCGUUCGAUCAAAGUGCAUGGCUUGCAGCAAUGGAUGUUGAACUGAAUCAGGGCCCAGCUGGUCUCUUCCAAAUGAUUCUACCAGGUCCGAUUGAUGGUUUCUACCGUGAUCUGAAGCACCAGCGGAAGACGUGCCGCACUUGGCUCUGCUUGGAUCACUACAACCAAACAGUUACCAAUGCUAUGACCUGGGAUCAAAGCCAACAUCUGGCACUCUCUGAGUAUGAGAGGGACGUAGAUUUGGACCAGCAAGUGGAAAAGGACGAUAAUGAAUGGAUUGAGAAACUCCUUGCGGCUGAGCAGGCUUCUCCGGGGUUCAAGGGCACCAUCACCAUUGACCUUUCAAUGUCAGCUGCCAAGGAUAUGGAUGACGGCGCUACAGUAGGAAGCGCGGUCAAUAUGGCAGCACUAUUGGAGAGUAUGAAAGCGGGUGUCAAUGACCUUUGCAAGGAAUUAGAGACUGCGGCGGAAGAACUGGCUCAAGCCAAGGAUGCAGAGGCUGCCAAGGAUGCUCGCAUGUUGGAAUUGGAGGCCAGAAUGGCAGAACCAGCAUCAGCCACAGGGAACCACCGUUCGUCAAGCCCCUCCUCCAGCAAAGCAACAUCAUUGGCUGACAGUGCCCCCCGGCGGUGGUCCCUAACCACCAACGAUCCCGUCAUGCAAGGUUGCGGCGUUUGA